UUUCCACUCACACAAAUUCCUUCCUUCCUCUAUUCUUACAAAGACAGAGCAGAGCCAGGGUUGAGAUCUCGUAAGUUUCAACGAUGGCAGCCUCUCUGCAAGCAGCCGCUACCCUUAUGCAGCCCACCAAGGUGGGAGUCCCGGCUCGCACCACCCUCCAGCUCAGGUCAUCCCAGAGUGUAACCAAAGCUUUUGGCUUGGAACCCACUGCGUCUAGACUCACUUGCUCUCUUCAAACUGACUUCAAAGAACUCGCCCAGAAAUUUGCUGAUGCUACCAAGAUCGCCGGUUUUGCUCUUGCCACUUCUGCCCUUGUCGUCUCCGGAGCAAGUGCUGAAGGAGUUCCAAAGAGGCUAACCUACGACGAAAUCCAGAGCAAGACAUACAUGGAAGUGAAGGGAACUGGAACUGCUAACCAGUGCCCAACAAUUGAAGGAGGAGUUGACUCAUUCUCGUUCAAACCAGGCAAAUACUAUGCAAAGAAAAUCUGUUUAGAGCCAACUUCAUUCACAGUCAAAGCCGAAGGUGUCACCAAAAGUGCUCCUCCUGAGUUCCAGAAAACCAAGCUCAUGACUCGACUCACCUACACCCUUGAUGAGAUAGAAGGACCUUUCGAGGUCUCCUCCGACGGCACCGUCAAGUUCGUGGAGAAAGACGGCAUUGACUACGCUGCCGUCACUGUUCAGCUUCCCGGCGGCGAGCGUGUACCUUUCCUUUUCACCAUCAAACAGUUGGUGGCAUCUGGUAAACCAGAAAACUUUGGUGGAGAAUUUCUCGUUCCCUCGUACCGAGGUUCUUCGUUUUUGGACCCAAAAGGACGAGGUGGGUCAACCGGUUAUGACAACGCUGUUGCCUUGCCGGCCGGCGGGAGAGGUGACGAGGAGGAAUUAGUGAAGGAGAACAUCAAGAACGCAGCUUCUUCGACCGGGAAGAUCACACUGAGUGUAACCCAGAGCAAGCCAGAGACUGGAGAGGUUAUUGGAGUGUUUGAGAGUGUUCAGCCAUCUGACACUGAUUUAGGAGCAAAGGUUCCAAAGGAUGUUAAGAUUCAGGGGAUCUGGUAUGCUCAGCUUGAGUCGUAGAUGUGUGUAUUAUAAAUCAUGUAUGUAUUGAUUUUGCUAUAAUUAAGUUGCUAAAGUUCUGUAAGUUAAUUGGAUAAACAGUGAGAUGGAUCGUUUUUAUUGCUUCA